AUCUCAGUCUGAUAACUGUCUCCCUGUGAAGGUUUGAGAUGCGCGGCCUGCUGGUGAACAACGAGGACCUGCUGAGGACCAACACUCAGCUGAACAACGAGAUGAAGAGGAUGAGAGAGCAGAUGAUAGAGAUGGAGAGAGAGAACCAGGCGAUGGGGGAGAGAUGCAGAGAGAUGGAGAUUGAGGUGAAGGAAGCCCGGGACAUGAUGGUGGAGGCCAACACUCAGGAAUACGCCUUCAAUUUUCUCCAGCAGUCCCUCAAAAACAAGAUCCAGGACGCUGAGGACAACCUGGAGAAGCAGACGCAGCACGCCCAGACUCUGUCUGAGAAGCUGUGGCUGGCAGAGAGACAGCUGGAGGAGCUGGAGGUGGACAGAGACACCAGGGACAAGAGGACAUCUGAGAUGAACGCAACCAUCCUCAGACUGGAGACAGAGCUCGGUGAAGCCGUGCAGGCGUCCACACAGGCUUCAGCAGAGCUGAAUCUGCACCAGAAGCUGCGUGAAGACAGCCAGAUGAGAGUGGAGGAGCUGGAGGAGUCUCUGCUGGAGAAGGAGCAGGAGCUGCAGAGAAUGCAGCUCCUCGUCAACAGACUGCAGGGAGAGGUCUCCGGUAAGCUGAUUGAUAAGGAGCAGACGCUGGAAGAGGAGAUCCAGCUGAGAGAGAGGAUACAGCUACAGUGUAAACAGGCUGAAAGGAUGGUGGACGACCUCCAGAUGGAGCUGCAGAGCACCAACCAGACCAAAGAGGACCUGGCCAAACAAGUCAAACAGGCUCAGGAGAAGAUGAUCGACAUGGAGAGCGACCUGGAGGAGCUGCAUGACAGCGAGCAAAGAUGGGCCGCCAAACACAAGAGAGCUAUCGAACAGACCGAGCAGCUGCAGCUGAAGUUGCUCCAGGAGAAAGAUCUGAACGACCAGCUGGAAAGUGAGAAGGCCUCCAUGGAGAGACAGCUGCGUGAGAUGCGUCUGGAGGUGGAGGAGCUUCAAAGCUCCAGAGUGCAGGAGGAUGUCGUCUCCAGGGCGGAAAGCAAAGUCAAAGAGCUGGAGAACAUCCUGAGGACCGAGGAGAGGAACAAGUCUGUUCUGACAAACACCAUCAGUAAACUGGAGAGGAGGAUCAACGAUAUGACCGAUCAGAUGGAGGAGGAGCACAGGAUAGCUACUGAGCAGAAAGACCUGAUCACCCAGAGGAUGCGCUCUCUGAAGCGUCAGCUGAACGAGGCAGAGGAGGAGGCGAGCAGGAGGGAGGCACAGUGCCGCCACACCCAGAGAGAGCUGGCAGAGGAGAGGGAGACGAACAGCCGGCUGCAGAGGCAGCUACUCGACCAGCACCUGCAAACAAAGCGUAAGGAGACUCUGACCAUCCGCCAGACUCUGGAUAACCUGAAGUUGGACCUGAGUGUUGACGACGAAGACGAAGAUUAUCAGCUGCCACAAACAAACGUCUCCAAAGUCUGAACCCUCACACUCCACACACCAUGCUACAUCUCUACAAUGAUUUAGUGUGUGGUGGCAUUUUCUAAACCUGCCACCACGUUAUCACAGUAAGAGGCAGGAGACUAAAUUCAUUCUUCCAAAAAAGGGAAAGGAUAAGCUGCAUUUGACGAAACCCAAAAGUCCACUAGGAUCCUUUAUUUACCACUGUUGUGUUAUGUGAAAUCUCCUAGAGUUUGUCCUGGAAAGAACCAUGUAAUCAAGUACGAAUAAUACGUAAUGUGUUGAAUUAACCAAUUUGAAAUAAUUGCAUAAUUAGCUUACCUCUUAUUCAAAGGAAAUGUUUCUUUACAGCAAACUUCUCAGUAAAAUGUCAGGAAAUUAGAGACCUGACAUAUUUAUCACCCUCCCCUGACGACUAGCAGGAAUUACAACCAUUUACAGUGCAGAGCUAAGCUCCUGGUGGGCUCACAGCCUCACUGUCAGUGUGACAGACACAAAGAUUAGCCUGUCAACAAUGACGUGAAAUGCCUGUUUUCUGCUUUUCUAUUACACAGAAUAUUUAACAGAAUAAUUGUCUACUUGUUUGCCAAAGGAACUAGGUGCGAGAGAGAUGCUGACAAACAUAAAGGGAAAACUCACGAGUGGACAGUGAGGGGAAAAAGUGCCUUUAAAGAACUUUAAACAGCCUGAAAUACAUUUUGGAGUGUGGAAGCUUCAAGGUCUUUAAGUGACUGCACUCUUAUGACUCUGACAGGACUCAUUUAGAUUUGUUUUUUUUUUAAUUAAUAGAAAGUUAUCUGGUGGAGCUUUGCUGAUUUUUCUUUCACACAGAGGGAUUAUCCAUGUUAGAGGCUGUUGAGUUUAAUAUGUUUUACACAUUCACCUGCAGUAUUUGAACAUAUUUCAUGGUGGUUGACACAUAACUGCAGAGGAGGGAUCUCCGGAUGUGACACGCAGAAACGAUUAAGAGAUUAUUUAUAUUGAACAAUUUUUUUUAAUGUUGUUUUUAUCAUCUGAAGAUUGCUGAUUUCGUAAUUGUUUGUGGGGCAAAACGUAUGAUUUUAGAAAAUGAAAUGUAUGAUUUUUUUUUUAAGUUCAGUUUCAGGUAUUUUAGGGGUUUUGCUGCUGUAUUGAUGUAAUGUACUGUGCCUUCCACUUACAGUAUCUGUUUGUGAGAUAAGAUUUAAGGGGUAGGAUUUUUAGUGUCAGUGAAGAUGACCAAAAAAGCACACUUUACACUUGUUAUCCAGAUUGAAUCAAACCACACAAAAAAUUAUUGAAUAUAGUUUCUAUAUCUUUAAAAGUGAAUCAACUGAGAGGUUUCAACUAUCAAAAGAAGCAUAAAUGUCUAAAUAUAGUUUAGAUCUAAGAUGUGUGUUAAUGCAGUAAGUGGAAGAGGCAAAAAAGAAUAAAAUAAUAGAUUGUGUUAAAAAAUGUGUAAAAUGUUCUCUGUGCUCUUAUUUUGGAGGGGAUAACUAUGUGCACAGGAAAACAAACAAGGCUGGGUUGUUGAAUUCAAAUCAGUAGAAAAUGAUUCAAUAUUAGUCCAUUAAUACUUUAAUUUGACCCACUUCCUGCUUCUGAUUGAUUUGUGAGUAAACUGAACCCAGCCCUGUUCAAACAGUCCUUUGUAUGUGUAAGGCUAAUAUUCAGAUAUUGUUUGGAUUCUCUGUUAUGUUUACAUUUGUUGGUGUAUUUUACUUUUUUGGAAACAGGAUCAUACAUUACAUGAAAGAGUUUGAUUUUUCAGCUGAUGGGAAUGUGUGCUACACAUGACUAGUGUUUGUUUUUGUAGGUUUGUCAUUCUCAUGACAAAGGCAACGGUGUCUACGGAUGUGUAAAAAGGAAUAGAUUUCAUUGACUUAUUUUUGUAACUGAACUUCACAUUCUACUGGUUCUGUUCUCAGGUAUUUAUUUUUCACAUUGUCUGUUUGGUGAGAAGUUUCUUUGUACAAAAUAAAAAUAAAUUCUUCUCCACUGUGAAUUUUGGGUGUUGGUGUAUUUCUUUAUUAUG